GCGAUAGAAUGACGAGGCUAGCAGCAGCAAGCAGCAGUGUUGUGGUAUAUCCUGUUGAGAACACAGAAUGACCUGUUUGGAAUGGUGUGUGUGUGUGGCGAUGUGUGUGUCUGUGAUCUGACUGGAUUCACCUUGGGAAACAGGGACAUCCUCACGUGGGUCUCUUUUGGAGGAGAACGCUGAGGAACGCAUGCACUAAAAAAAGAUGCAGGGAGGAGAGGAGAAAGGAAGGAGAGGUGGAGGAGGAGGAGGAGGAGGAGGAGGACUACCACGCUGACUUGAAAGUGCACUCUAUAAUUUAUAGCCACUCAGAGGCGAGGCCAGGGGGAAACACACAUCAGGCACAUACCCACAAUUCCCCUCGCCUCCGCCGCCAUGCCAGGUCAUCCACAUGUAAAUCACUUCAUCCAAAAGCAUGUCAGCAGUGCAAGCUUACCGGCAUCGGCCCAAGCCUCUCUGGUUUGGACUUUUAUCUCGUCUGCGCUUGUAAUCCCCGUGCUGUUGAACAGACGAAAUCACGGCAUAAAAUGAUGUUCAUCUGCUCAGAUGAGCCCAAGUUUGUGACAUCAGGUUCCAGAUGUGACAGACGUCUACUUACUCUGCCUAGCCUUUCUGAGUCGGAUCCAUUUGUUUCAUGCAGUUAUGUUGUUGUAUGGUGUAGUGAUGUAUUGAGUUUAACUGUGAUCUUAUGUCAUCUUCUACAUGACCAUCAUCACCUAUAUGGAUCUUGUGCUAGAGCUAGAUGCCAGUGGUAUCUCUGGCUUCUGGUACUGGAAAGGGCUUUAGCUACAAAAAAACAUCUUAGCUGGAGUGAUUCAGAUCGAAACUGAUUUUGAGCAAAAGAUGAAGAUAAAGGUAAUCUUUUUUUUCAGUGGUUCAUAAAAAUAUAUAAAAAAAAAAUUAAUUAGCACCUUACCCAAUACUAAAUGCAGUUUUUGUUAGUUUAGAUGUCACUACAUCUAAAAGAACUUUGAAGAAUCAAGAUUUUGGAGUAUUAGAAAAAAUCAGAUAAUCUACAAUAAUAAUCAGACUACAAAAAUGUAUUAUUUGUAAGAACAGCUCAUGACCUUCAUUGUAACCACAAUCACAAUUAUUUUUGUGAUCUCAUUUUUGCCUUUAGGUAAACCUCAAUCUAACAUGAAAAAAAACAUAGCUGGAGUUACUAUUAAUCUAUAUAUAUAUAAACACACACAAAUUGUAUGACAAAUAAGUAGACAGAUGUGAGUCUGACAUCGUAAAGGAUGGCUUUCUGCAGUGAAACUAUAAAAAAAACUAUAAGAACUAAAGGCUGGGUAUCUUUCCUCAGGGUUCAUGAUAUGAGAUUACUGAAAGCAUGCCUCAUCUCUUAGUUCACCACACUGUAUCAGAGCCUCCCAUCAGGUAGGCAUCGCAAGCACCGCGGUAGAGUUAUGCCAAUGCCACUUGACUCUACACAGAGUAUAAUUGUGGCCAUUACGUCACCUUUAAUCCUCUUAGGUGAAGGCGAGGAUCUUGCUGAACGAACUGUGAGUACGUUGUAAUCUUCUUCUUGCUUCUUUGCUCUCUGGGGUCAGCGGUUGUAGAGUGUUAGUGUCUCCCCACCUGUAGAGCACAUCGUGUUUGUAGCGCUGUGGAGUGUUUUGUAGUUGGUUUUGGCUGGGAAUCAUGGGAAUCUCCGGUCGUAUCGAUGGGAGCAGCACUGGUUCGCUCUGCGCAGGACAGUUCUGGAUUCUACAGAAUAUCUUGUGCUUGUAAUCUGUAAUCUGUGUUUGGAAUAUCUCACAAGAAGUGAAAAUCACUCACUUGGGGAACAGCGUGCUGGAAGCAGCGAGGGAUUGUGGGAUUGCGCCUGCCCACCCGUGUGUGUGUGUGUGCGAGUGGAGGGCAGAAACCCUGAGCCAUGCCGUCCCUGCCGGGACUCAACAGCCUGGGCAAGCUGUGCGGCUCUGGCCGCAGCCAGAGCGUGGAGCACGGGCACGUCAAGCGCCGCAGCUCCGUCAAGCGUAUGUCCAUCAUCGAGGACGGCCAUGUGGCGGAGGUGCUCUACCUCAUCCCCAAACAGUCCAUUCUGCAGCAGCUCCCCUUCCUCAACCCCGACGAUUACUACCUGAGCGAGAAGCCGAUCGAUGUAGCACCAGUGGCCCAUGACAAGGAACCACACCGCCACCCCACGGAGAAGCCUUUGAUUCAGUGCUACAAGUGCGGAGAGCUAUGCAAGGGAGAGGUCCUGCGGGUGCAGUCCAGGCACUUUCACAUCAACUGCUUCACCUGUAAAGUGUGUGGCUGUGACCUAGCCCAGGGCGGCUUCUUUGUGAAGAAUGGAGACUACCUGUGCACUCUGGACUACCAGAGUAUCCACGGCACACGCUGCAACAGCUGUGGAGACUUUGUGGAAGGAGAGGUGGUCACAGCACUGGGGAAGACCUACCACCCCAACUGCUUUGUCUGCACCAUCUGCAAACGACCAUUUCCUGCGGGAGACCGAGUCACCUUCAAUGGGAAAGACUGCCUGUGUCAGAACUGCGUCCAGCCCAUGUCGCCUGGACCCAAGGACUUCACAGGAUCCAGUGGUUGUGCUGGCUGUGGCAGAGACAUUAAGAAUGGACAAGCUCUCUUGGCCCUGGACAGCCAGUGGCACUUGGGCUGUUUCAAGUGCAAAGCCUGUGGGAAGGUGCUUACGGGAGAGUACAUCAGCAAAGAUGGCGCCCCCUACUGUGAAAAAGAUUAUCAACUCAGCUUUGGCGUCCGCUGUGAGGCAUGUCAGCAGUUCAUCACAGGGAAAGUAUUAGAGGCUGGAGAUAAGCAUUACCAUCCCAGUUGCGCACGAUGCAGCCGAUGCAACCAGAUGUUCACGGAGGGAGAGGAGAUGUACCUGCAAGGAUCUACGGUGUGGCACCCCAGCUGUAAGAACUCCACGCGAACCGAGGAGAGACACCGGCUGUUCCUUCCAUCCCUAUCCCUCCUCCACAAAACAGAAAGGCAGCCGACGCGUUCAUCGUCUGAGAGUAUCUGUUCCCGACCUGCUUCAAGCCUACCGGGCUCACCGGGUCACACCAUCUAUGCAAAAGUAGACAAUGAAAUCCUUGAUUACAGGGACCUAGCAGCCAUUCCUAAAGUCAAAGCCAUUUAUGACAUUGAGCGCCCAGACCUGAUAACCUAUGAGCCCAGUUACACCACCAGUCUGGAUGAGAGUCAGGAAGGAGAGGAGAGUGUGGGAGAGUUGCAGACCUCUAGACGAGAGCGCUCCCCUAUGCCUGAUGAUCGAUCGUCCAGGACGAUGUCACCCACACCAUCUGCUGAGGGGUAUUAUGACCUGAGGGAACGCAUCAUCCAGAGGUCCACCAGUCAGGGCUCCAUCGGGUCGCCUGUCUUCAAUCGCCAUAGUUACACGCCAACGUUAUCACGGUCGCCGCAACAUUUUCACAGGCCUGAUCAGGGGAUUAACAUAUACAGGAAACCACCCAUCUACAAGCAACACGCUAUGUUUUUAUAUUCAGCUGUCUUUGCGACCCAAAGCAAGUCUGCUGACGACAUCAUCCAAUGGGCCAAGUUCCCCUCCGCUUUGGCGCCCGCCCUGGACGAGCCGGCAAAGAUAGGCACAGACCUCACAGACCUCACAGACCUCACUGAGCUCACAGACCACUGGCCAUGCCCUGCCACUCACGCUGCCAUAGGUUCAGAAGGCAGGCGGAAGUCGAGAGAGGAGGAAGAGGAGGAAAUUCAUAAACGCAGGCAGCUGCAGGAGGAGCAUCUGAUCAGGAUCCAGUCUGGGCUGGGGAAGAUGAUCCUGAAGGAGGAGAUGGAGGUGCGUGAGCGUCAGGCGCGGAGCCUCUCCGCCACACGAUACGACCCACAGAGGGCCAGCUGCAACGCGGAUCUUAACUCCCCAUCUCAAACGUCAUCGCUGCCAGGGUAUGGGCGAAAUGGACUUCAUCGGCCCCAGUCCACUGACUUCACACAUUAUAGCAGCUACAGGGACGUAUGUGGAGCUCGAGAAUUUCAGCUCUUGCAGGAUGGACAUACACCUGUGUCGAGAAUGGACAGAGGAGUAUCAAUGCCUAAUAUGUUGGAGCCAAAAGUAUAUCCGUAUGAGAUGCUCAUGAUUAACAGCAGGGGGCGUGCUCGUCUGCCAAGAGAUAUUGAUAGAACCAGGCUUGAGCGCCACCUGGCUCCUGAGCUGUUCUUUGACAUGUUUGGAAUGGCGAUCCAGGAGUUUGACCGGUUGCCACUGUGGAAGCGCAACGACAUGAAGAAAAAGGCCAAGCUCUUCUGAGCUCCCAUGAUGUCCCCCAUACAUGUCAAACCUCAUACUCACACUCUUACUCAUGUAAUAUAACCAUGCCAGUCGCUAUCUUGGGUUCCUCUCUUCGAUGACAGUUAAAAGAAGCUAAGAAAAACGAAAUGUCUUAACCUUUGGCUUCCAGAAUGUAACAUAGUAAAAAAAAAAAAGACUCAAGUCAAGUGAGUAUGAAAGGUGUGAACGGAAAAAAAAAGGAAUAUUUUGACUUAUGUUUGAGAGAAUGCAGUGACGAUUUUAUUUUUAAAGCACAUUGAAAUUUUUGUCUUCUGAAUGGAAUUGCUUCCUUGUGUUUUUUGCUCGUUGUUUUUUUUCUUGCUAUGUCUGUAAAACUCUGUCAGUAGAUCCUCCUGCUUGUGGGUGACUGGAGUGUGUAUCCUGGCAUAUAGAAGCUUGUGUGUGUUUACAUAGAGAGAGGUGGAGGGGGUCAUACAAUCCCCCCCUUAAAGGCCGGAACCUGUGAUUCUAGCUUUUGCGUUAGAGGCGACCAGUCCGCAAAAUGCUGUUUUCCUAGAUGACUAUCCCAAGUACGAGGGUUCUGCCUCUAAUGGCAAGGAUGUGAUUUAAUGCCUUACAUGCAUCUGAUAAGGAAAGUAACCGUUCACUUUUUUCUCUCUCACGUCUCCUUUUCUUUGGUCAGUCUUUAAAAAGGGUUAUAGGAAUUGAGUUUGUAUACUUGCUAACAGUAUGAGAAGCUUAAUGACUUCACAUAUCUCAUGUCUGACCUCCAUGGUCACCUUUACACAUUUACAUCAACCUUUAACCCAAAGACAUUUUUUAUUUCUCCCUCAAAUGGUGAACACCUAGCUAGCUAGCUUGUUUUGUUUUUGUUAUUUUUUUUUUUUUUUAGCAGAUUUUGCUCCUUAAUCCCAUCCCAUUUCGACUUACUUUAAUGAGUACAUGAAUGCAUACCAAAAAAGCAAAGCAGGAACCUGAGAAAGGUAAUGUUAUAAAUAGAAAUAUCUGAUUUUUUUUAAUCAAUGAAACACACACUGCCAUUUGUUGUACUUGUAAGCGAUGGAGGUGAAGUAGUCUUCAAAUCACUAUAUUUGCGUGAGCUCUUCAGCCACACCAAAGGCAUGGCCGCAGUUUCUCCCCGUAGGCUUGAGCUUUUCCUCUUCUGACCCGUCCGACCCGAAGCACUCAGCGUAAACUCGACACGUCGGAGCGGGCGACCCAGGGAGUCGUUUGCGUAGGACCAAAUUAGCGAAAGCUGCGGCAGCGGAACUCUAACACUAGCUAGUGCAAGCUUGGCUCAAAUCACUGCAGCCUUUGUUUGUAUGUAGCUCGAAGAAACGACAGGGAAAUAACUCGUUCUUUCUUUUUUUCCUCUCUUGGACUGUCU